AUGGAGGACAAGGAAGAGCUGAGGAAGCUGCUGCGAAGCAUGAUGAGGAAAAGCACAGAUCCAAGGACAAAGAUGCAGGACGAGUACCUGACUGAUGAGGAUAAGGCAAUACAGAGGAGUGAAAGACCUCCCGCAAAGAAAAGGGCAUGUAAAGAUUGUACAUGCGGGCUGAAAGAAGAGCAGGAAGUCAGGACAAGAUCUGCCUGUGGAAACUGCUACAAGGGCGAUGCAUUCAGGUGUAGCGGAUGCCCUUCUCUUGGAUUGCCUCCAUAUGAACCUGGGGAUGUUGUUUCCUUUUCCAUGGACCUAAGCAAUGAGUUCCAAGGGGAGGAUGCAUAG